AAAGGAGAACAAGACAAGCCUCGCGAUAUUUGCAUGAGGGGUCAAGGGGGAUCUUGACCAUGUGUUUAUCUUGCCGCAUAGUACCGUACAGUGCGCGCUUUAUUUGUACACCUUUCUGAAUGCAGUUAUUAAUAUUCGGGUUAGGCUGACUUCGCGUGUCUAGCAGUUUGUAUAUUUCGUCCACGGAUUCCUUAAAGCUAGUUUUAGCUGAUUAUCCCGUGCUGCUGCGCGUUAGCUUCCUCAGUUCAGCUGAUAUGCCAGGUUGCAUCUUUUAGCAGAAGAAUUGACCUUCUGAUGAUGGCCUAACGUAACAUGUUUAAAUCCCAACCACUGCUGAGUGCCUUAGUUAACCACACAUUGACGUUAAAGACAAACGGUGGCCUUUACAAGUUUUGCUGCAUGAUGAGUGAAAGAUCGAAAGAUGAGCACGCGGCCAAGCUGAUGAAAAGAGCCAAUGAGGAAAAUGAAGACUCUGCUGAGAGGGUGCAAGCUACAAAAAGGAUAAAGGCAGAGGGGGAACAUACUGAGGAUGAAAAGAAAUACCCUAAAAAGAAAGUGGUCCUCCUCCUGGCAUAUUCUGGAAAGGGAUACUAUGGCAUGCAGAGAAAUCCUGGGACCUCUCAGUUCAGGACCAUCGAAGAUGACCUGGUUGCCGCACUUGUUAAAUCUGGCUGCAUUCCUGAAAACCAUGGCGAUGACAUGAAGAAGAUGUCUUUUCAAAGAUGUGCCAGAACAGACAAGGGCGUGUCUGCUGCUGGCCAAGUGGUCUCUCUGAAGCUUCGGCUGAUUGACGACAUCACUGAAAAAAUCAAUGAGCAUCUGCCACCGCAGAUCAGGGUGCUCGGUCUCAAACGGGUGACCCAGGGUUUCAAUUCCAAAAACAACUGUGAUGCUCGUACAUACUCCUAUAUGCUUCCAACAGUGGCCUUUUUCCCGAAAGACAAUGAUACCAGGAAUAUAGCAGCCUUUCGCUUGGAACCAGAGACACUACAGAGGGUGAACCAUCUGUUUGGUCUCUACAAAGGCACUCAUAACUUUCACAACUUCACCUCCCAGAAGGCUCCAAAUGACCCCAGUGCCCGUCGCUACAUCACAGAGAUGUCCUGUGGAGAGCCUUUUAUCCGCGGCAAUUCUGAGUUUGCAGUGAUCACUGUGCGAGGCCAGAGCUUUAUGCUGCACCAAAUCCGCAAGAUGAUCGGCCUGGUGAUUGCGGUGAUAAAGGGUUACGUGAAGGAGGAAGUGAUAGAGCGGAGCUGGGGACAGGAGAAGGUGGAUGUGCCAAAAGCUCCAGGACUGGGCCUGGUCCUGGAAAGGGUUCACUUUGACCGUUACAACAAACGAUUUGGAGGGGAUGGGCUGCAUGAGCGCCUGGAAUGGGACAGCGAGGAAGAGGCAAUCAAGGCCUUUAAGGAGGCUCACAUCUAUCCCACCAUUGUUGAGACAGAGUGUCAGGAGGGCUCCAUGGUCAGCUGGAUGGCCACACUUCCUAUCCAUGACUUUGAAGCCACAGCUACCGAAACACGAGAUAAUAAGGACCAGAAACAGGACAAUGCAGAUGAAAGAAAUGACUCAGAUUAGGUCACAUUGCCUGCUGAAAGAAGAUACAUUUUCUCACCAAAACAAUCUCUUUCUUUUGCUGGGAAUUAGCUUUCUUUUUAGGUCUAAAAGUAUAUCUUCCAAGAUUGAUUUUUUUUUUUUUUUUUUUU